CAACAUGAAGCUGGAGCUGCUGGUGGUGUUGGCUGUAGCAGCCCUGGUUCCCAGCCUGUCUGUGGGGCUUCUUCUCUCCAAAUGUGAGCUGAAGCCCAAACUGACAGAGGCUGCUGACCAAUUCAAUCUGACUGAGAAAAUUGCAGCAAAGGGAGUCGAACUGGACAACGCCUUGGCCAAAAUUAUCUGCAGUUUGGACCUAAAGUCUGGUUUAAACACCAGCCUUGUGACCAACCUUGUCCUGCGCAAACCUUUCCUGCAUAAAUCCAAAAGGCGCCCCAUCAGCAGGAGACCUGUGAGACUGUUUGGGCACAAACGUCCAGGUAGAGAUGUUGAGUCAAAGGAAGAUCGAGUCAGUUCUGAGGGAGAAGAGGACAAGCCUAGACCUACAGGAAAGCCUGGGGGAAUGAAACCCAAACCUACCGGGAAAACAGAGGGAGUGAGCCCAAGAUCAGAGAGGCCCGAAGGGAAGAGGACGAGACCAGGGAGUCCCGCGAUAGGAAGGAACAAGCGUGAGGCUGAGGAGUUCGCUGGUGAUAAGGAAGAACAUGACAAAGUUGAGGCGCAAGAAAGCAAAGCGGCUGAGGGGGAAGAGUUUUGCGGCUAUGAGGAUGAGGGUGAUGAAGACGAGGUUGACGAGGAUGAGCUAGACGAGGAGAACCUGGAAGAGUUCGAGGCGGAGCUGGACGAGCAAGUAGGAGAGGAACCGAAAGAGAGAGAGGGGAACAGGAAGAAGAGAUACAUCCCAAAGCAGUUCAGAGGUCCCGGACAGAGCCGCAAGCCACCGCCACAUAAGUCGAAGCGCAAGCCAUUCAAGCCGAUCAAGACCCUGUCCUUCAGCUUUUUCGGUCUCUUCCAGCUGAGCAAUCGCCUCGCCUGCGCCUCCUCCAACAACACUCGCUCUCUCAAUCUCUGUAAGACAGAGUGCAGCUCCUUCGUUGAUGAUGACAUCCGUGACGACAUUGCCUGCUUUGUGAAGUCUCGUGCCUGGAUGAAGGCUCUGAAGUUCCCAUGGAAAUGUGCCAAGCUGCAAGCCUCUGAGUACUUUGAGUGUGACCAACCACUUAACAGUACUAUGAGUACUUUGCAAACAACUUUAACAGAGCAUUUUCCUUCUUUCUCUCAACUCUUAUCUUUGCUAUAA